CAGGGCUGCCAUGACAACCCCGCAUCAGCUCUAGGGUGUCCAAUCAGGAGUCAGAUCCAGGGUCCCUCCCUGACUCCCAGAUGGUGUUCAGGUCGCCACUCGACUUUUUCUCAGCCUCCCGGAUCCUCCUGCCACACUUUGCAGAUGGGCCACCUACCCUGGCCCGCUCCCGGUCCCCUGAGGACCCUCCCUCCGCCUGUCCUCCCCUGGCUCUCCCGGGAAUGUGUUUCUCCGCGGCGCAGAUCGCCAGCGUCUGCGAGACUCUGGAGGAGACCGGAGACAUCGAGCGGCUGGCCCGCUUCCUCUGGUCCCUCCCGGUGACCGCAGACGGGCGCGACUCCAUCUCUGAGCACGAGUCCGUGCAGCGGGCUCGCGCCGUGGUGGCCUACCACACGGGGAGUUUCGUCGAGCUUUAUCACAUCCUGGAGACGCACCGCUUUACGCGCGCAUCGCACGGAAAACUUCAGGCGAUGUGGCUUGAGGCUCACUACCGGGAGGCAGAGAAGCUCCGGGGGAGACCGCUUGGACCUGUUGACAAGUACCGCGUGAGAAAGAAGUUUCCGUUACCGAGGACAAUCUGGGAUGGUGAGCAAAAGACGCACUGUUUCAAAGAGCGCACACGGGGGCUGCUAAGAGAGUGGUACCUGCAGGACCCCUACCCAAACCCGGGGAAGAAGCGGGAGCUGGCCCACGCGACCGGACUCACACCGACUCAGGUUGGAAACUGGUUCAAGAACCGGAGACAGAGGGACCGGGCGGCAGCAGCCAAAAACAGGUUGCAGCAUCACCGGAUGUGUCCAGAUGGUGUUCGGUCGCUCAGCGGAGGAGAGUGCAGUCCAGAUGAAGAGCGAGCAGAUGGAGAAACUCUUCUCUCAGUAACAGACAGUGACUCUGACUUGGAUGUUUAAGACUUGAAUGUACAAUGGACCUUCGAGGGGCCUGUGAUGGUCAGUUGUGGAUUACCAGAGAGCGGAGGAUGUGGACAAAAGGCUCUUCACGGUUUGGGUUGCAAUAAAUGUUCAGGGCUUAUCCCCAGCCCAUCAAACAGGUGAUGUAACAAGUUGCAUGAAGUUUUUUUUCUUUUGUUUCCUGACAAUGUGAAAAAUGUUUCUCUAUGCUGCUGGGUUUAAGUUUGUUUGAUCACCAGACCCACAUUUUAGAUUUUUUAACUUCAUCCAUGCAUGGAUGGUGCAUCUGUUGACCCAGCUUACCGUCACCCUGAUUAAACAGACAUCAAGCCGUGGACCCCCGUUGGACUUUAACCCAUGGACCCCCCACUUGGGAGGACCUUUACAGACUGCCAGGGAGAUAAUCACUCUUAUUUUCUCUAAUUAUGUGUCAUUAUGUUUUUUUUUGUUUUUUUGAAUUAAACGAGUUGUUUCUCUAAAAGACCAGGAUGUCAUGCUGUAGACAAUCAAUACGCACUAAAGCCUUACCUUCCUGUCUGGCUGUUUCUAUGUUAUUGAACUUUUAUUUCUUCCUUUACCUUCACUUCUACUUUAU